AUGGGGUAUCGUAGCGACCUCCUCAUCUCUCUUGGCAAGACUAUAGCCCAGAUUACUGCCGAUUUCGCACCUGUGCCCGGCCUGUGUCCCGCUGUCGAUCUGCUGUGUGGCCUUAUCCAAUUAUGCGACAAUAUCACCUUGAAUAGAAAUGCAGCCCGGCAGCUUGGAGAUCGAUGCCAUGAAAUGCUCAUCGCUUUCCGAGAGGAUAUGAAGAAUGCUCCGGGGAGCAUGACAGAAGCAAUAUAUGCCGUUGAAGACACCUUGACCAACAUACAGACACGGAUGAAAAGCUGCGCUUUGCUUUCCAGGACACAUGCCUUCCUGCAUCAAAAAGAGGUUAGCCGUGAAAUAGAGAAAUGCCAUAGCAUCAUAUCAGACUGCAUGACUAGAUUCCAAUUGUCGUCGCACGUCGGUAUACACCGUUGGCAAGAAGACUUUGAGAGCAGCAGGAAGGCCGAUCAACGUGAAUUGGUCGAGUACCUUGCUGAAAUAAAAAAUACUCAAGAAAUGACGAAUGUCGCAAUGACUGAGAAUACCGAGGCCGUUAGAAACCUCAUGCUCAUAUCACCGCCGACCGUGUCCAUAACUGGCCUUUCGAGCAACUUGUGGCAGCUCCAACAGGAAUCUGGACAGCUUCUCCCUAGCUUUCAUCUCAAAUCUGGUGAAGUUACUCGCAUUGGACAGUUUCCAGUGAGCGGUACGGCUGCCAUGGACAUAUAUGAAGGUCUGUACCUCCAACGAGAGAAGGUGGCCAUCAAGGUCGUGCGGUCGAUCAAUGCUAAUGACAAAAGUCUAAGGCGUUUUAUGAGAGAAGUUGGCAUUUGGAGUGAUAUUUGGAAUGUCGAUAAAGGAAGGUACAUCUUACCUUUCUACGGAUUUUGCCAGGAGGAUGGUCCAUUCCCAUACAUGGUCAGUCCCUGGCAGGAAAAUGGGACGGCCCUGCAGUAUGUGAAAACUAAGGACUUGGAAGCAUCGAGCUAUCAACGACUGAUCAAAGGUAUAGCUUGUGGAAUAAAGGUCCUUCACACUAUGAACCCUCCCGUUAUUCAUGGCGAUAUCAAAGCAGCCAACAUCGCCAUCAAUUCUCGUGGAGAUCCUCUUCUCGCUGAUUUUGGCCUCUCUCAGAUCGUUGAAGACAUUACAGGGAUACCCUUUACUCAAAGUCGCGGAGUGGCAGAUUCCUACAGGUGGUUCGCCCCGGAGGUGUGUGUGGGACAAGGUGUCCUAUCCACUUAUUCGGACAUCUACGCGUAUGGGAUGACUGUCCUCGAGCUGCUAACCCAUCAACAACCUUAUAGAGAGAUCAAGCACACGACAGAAGUGGUUAUCAAGUCUUCUAAAGGUGCACACCCUUUGCGACCGAUGGAACGUGAGGUCGUCGCUAGGGGUCUCAAGGAUAGACUUUGGGGAUUGCUGAUUUCCUGUUGGGCCGAGACACCGAGACACCGACCAUCUAUCCAAUCCAUUCUUGAAUAUUUCUAA